UUGGCUGCACGCAGGGCGGAGGCCGCGGAAGUUCCACUCCGGCCCGAGGCUCCUCCUCAGCCCCGCCCGUGAAGCUGCGGCGCCCGCGGCACUGAGCCCUGUGAGUGCGGGAGACCCGAAGGCCGCCGAGAUCCGCGCCCUGAGAUCAUCCGCACACUCAGCCGCUGCUGCGCUGUCGUUUGCGGUUGAGACUCAGCCAUGAGCUACCCCGGCUACCCACCACCUCCAGGGGGCUACCCCCCAGCUGCACCAGGCACCUGGGGAGCAGCUGCCUAUCCGCCGUCUGCCACACCCCCCAUUGGCUUGGAAAAUAUGGCCAGCUACUCAAAUCAGUUCAGUCAGGACAGCUUCUCUGGGAUGGCCAACAACAUAGCAGGGACCUUUGGAGGCGCCAACGUCCCUAACAUGUACCCGAUAGGUCCCGGGGCUGGGUAUCCUCCCAUGCCCCCUGGGGGGUUUGGGCCACCACCCCCUGCCCAGCAGCCUGUACCCCAAUUCGGCAUGUACCCACCUCCUGGGGGGAACCCACCCUCUGCCAUGCCUGCCUAUCCGUCAUACCCGGGGGCCCCAAUGCCCAGCCAACAACCUCCUGGAGCCUACCCUGGACAAGUGCCAGCAGCCUACCCUGGGCAGGCCCCUGUGCCACCUCCAAGCCAGCCGCAGCCUGUGCCAAGCUACCCCGGGUACCAGGCAUCUGGGCCCGUCACCCCUGCUGUGCCCCCUGCUCAGUUUGGAAACCGAGGCACCAUCAUGGAUGCUUCCGGCUUUGACCCCUUACGAGAUGCUGAGGUCCUUCGCAAAGCCAUGAAAGGGUUUGGCACGGACGAGCAGGCCAUCAUCGACUGUCUGGGCAGUCGCUCCAACAAGCAGCGGCAGCAGAUCCUCCUGUCCUUCAAGACGGCCUAUGGGAAGGAUCUCAUCAAAGACCUGAAGUCAGAGCUGUCAGGGAACUUCGAGAAGACGAUUCUUGCCCUGAUGAAGACACCCGUGCUCUUUGACGCCUAUGAGAUCAAGGAAGCCAUCAAGGGUGCCGGCACAGAUGAAGCCUGCCUGAUUGAGAUCCUGGCCUCCCGCAGCAACAAGCAUAUCCAGGAGCUGAAUGCGGCAUACAGAGCAGAGUUCAAGAAGACACUGGAGGAGGCCAUCCGCAGUGAUACUUCCGGCCACUUCCAGCGCCUGCUCAUCUCCCUGGCACAAGGAAAUCGGGAUGAAAGCACCAGCGUGGACAUGUCCCUAGUCCAGAGAGAUGUCCAGGAACUGUACGCAGCCGGGGAGAACCGCCUGGGCACUGAUGAGUCCAAGUUUAAUGCUGUCUUGUGCUCACGGAGCCGAGCCCACCUGGUGGCAGUCUUCAAUGAGUACCAGCGGAUGACGGGCCGGGACAUCGAGAAGAGCAUCUGUCGAGAGAUGUCAGGGGACCUGGAGCAGGGCAUGCUGGCCGUGGUGAAGUGUCUCAAGAACACCCCGGCCUUCUUCGCUGAGAGACUCAACAAGGCCAUGAGGGGCGCAGGGACCAAGGACCGGACCCUGAUCCGCAUCCUGGUGUCGCGCAGCGAGGUUGACCUUUUAGAUAUCCGAGCUGAGUAUAAACGUCUCUACGGCAAGUCACUGUACCACGACAUCACGGGAGACACUUCAGGGGACUACCGGAAGAUCCUGCUCAAGAUCUGCGGGGGCAACGACUGAGUGGGGCCUCAAGGUCACAUCACCCAUGGGGCAACAGAGAGCGGCCACCUAUCAGCCCAGCACCUUCACCCCUGGCCUCUGCCCCCCUGGGCCUGGUGCCUGCACCCUCAGGGUUCCCCUCUGCCCAUCCCACAGGCUCUUGUCACCCAGGUAGACUAGAGAAGGUCUCACGGCCCCUCUGCUUUGUGGCUGAGACCCUGCGCUUCAUGCCCCUGUGCCAUUGCCUGUCCCCUUAGUCACUCCUGUAAUCACCGCCAGACUGAGGGAAAUGGUCUCUCCUGUGUCCCUAAUUUGGGCAUCCUGGUACUGUGCCCUCACAGGCAUGCCCAGGACGGCAGCAUGGCCUGUGCUGUGCAA